ACUCUAGGAAACCUGUCUAACUCUCCCUCGGCAUGCUUUGUGGCGAGUGACGGGGAAAGUCUACGAGUAUUCCAGGCUGUAAUCGACGCUCGCACCCUGCUCGCUGAGAUAGCUACUUCGGAACGGCGCCAUAAAGAUGUGUUCCAACACGACACCAUGUCAAUGUCAUCCGACUCAACUCUAGAGGAGGGCGGCGGCAUCCCACUCCACGACCGGAUCAAGAUCGUAUCGCAACAGUCCACGGCGCGGCCCGGCGCCAUCAUACAGCUUCACGCGAUCGCCGACGCCACUCAUGAUUGGCACAACACUCAGCUGCUACACGUGUUCCAAGAGCAACUUAUCACAGGCGAGCGUACCUCUCCGGACACUGAUAGUUCGGACUCAGGCGUGGAAGGCUCUGACGUGCAUACCAUCACAGAAGCUGGUUUGGAAGCGAUAGUAGACCUCCGCAAGGCUGCUGUGUUCAACGAGCCGUUCUAUAUCGUGGUGCUGGAAAGGACUGAUGGAGGAUCCACCGUGCAUAUGUGGAGACUCACUGUGUCGUCACAGGCUGAUGCUAAUGAUGAUCUCACAAACAGUAUGAUGUACGUGCCAGAUAGUGCACUUGUACAAGAAGAAGAAGGUGAAUCGCGGAAGAAUUCUGUGUCGCUUGACCAAGAUCGGGUGCCGCCGCCUCCACCGGUUAACGAUCAUCUUUCCAUAUCUACUAAAAAGGUGUGCGAAUGUCCCUUAUCCCUUCCUGACGGCGUGGACGUAAUACACGCGACGCCAGCCGCUGGCCAUCUCAGCUCGGCGUCGAUAUACCCAGCUUGCUUGGCGCCCUACAUCUUGGCCACGGCUUGUUCUGAUAGCACAUUGAGAUUCUGGAAAUGUAAUGUCACGAAGAAAGACGACAAUGAAUUUGAAUAUACUUGGAAAGAAUGGGAAAUGAUGAACAAAGAUCAAGAAUCGGCAAUAGACAUUCCAGGGCAACCCCUCCACAUAAGCGCGGCAUACUCCGGCCGCAUAGCGUGCGCGUACAAAUGCGGACGCUCCUUCACCCGCCCUAAAGGUGGCAACACCACCGCCAAUAACCUGACCGACGCGCGCUUCGUCAACCUCUGCGUUUGCGUGUAUGAGUGCGAGAGUACCGGCGGCGCCGAAUGGCUCCUAGAAGAUACGAUACCCCUUAGAAACGUCAGCCUACCUCGCGUAGGAGUGUGUGCUGACACGCAGAUUGACCUCUCGUAUCUUCACGAUACCUCCUUCAUGCAGAAGAAGCAAAGGUUGACACAGGUUCUCCAAACCCUGUCAUCCGAAGAGCGCAGCCACAGCCGCAACGGCGAAGGCGACCCGGGCAAGACCACGGGUCUCCUCGCAGUCCCGUCCUUCAGCACCCUCCAGUCUCUACGGCGGAGCAUCAUGGAGAACGGCAACACUUGUCCGUUGACACAGAAACACCUCGUGCAACUGGACUGGGUGUCGAAGGAGGACGGCUCGCAUAUUCUGACGGUCGCCGUGGGGUCUAGGGUGUUGCUGUUCACGCCUGUUUCCAGUGAUCUUGCGCAAGCCAAUUUGAAGGCAAUGAAAGAAUCCAUCAACAACAACCGGCCUAUUCUCCGCAAGGCUUCGUCCUUAGCUGCCCCGUUAUUCGUGGAAGAGAUCCGAUGGAUGCAGCUUCGCCGCAUAGAGCUGAAGACUGCAGACGGUCUACCACCGCUGCCUAUGCAGAUUUCGUGGGUGCGAGACGGUAUACUUGUCGUGGGAAUGGAUUCUGAGAUGCACGUCUACUCGCAGUGGAAGCCUGAGCACCAGCAAAUGGCUUCUGGAUUACAUGGAGGACAGGAGCUAGAAGAAGGCAGUGAAUCCCGGGCACUCCGUGAUUCUGACCUCCGAGUGUCCGCACCACAUUUGCAACGAGUGUCGUCCAUCAACUUACAGCUAUUGGAAAGAGACGCAAGAAGGCGGAACAAAACACAACCAGAUCAGCCACAGCCACUUUUGGACUAUAUGCCGGAUUACGGCCUGUUUGAGGCGUCGCAAAUGGCGUGCCCCGUGCUACCUCAAUACCACCCGAAACAACUUAUGGAGUUGCUCAACAGCGGGAAAAUUAGAUGGGUCAAGGCGAUUCUGGCUCAUCUUGUCAGAUGUAUUGGUGGCACAUACAACGUUCGAAGUUCACAGGGUGAUGAAGACAGUUUAUCAAGGCAGCGCGGCUGGUCGCGCUCGCGCACGCUCUCCGUGUCGUUCGCCGCCGGCGCCGCCUCGCCGCUAGAUGGCGUUGCACAGGUAACUACACUGUACACUGCGCUUGCGGUUAAUAAAUACCAACUUUAAACGUACAGUAGAACGCCGAUUAUCCGAAUCGGUCCUAACUUGACUUGACUUAUGGUCCUAUGUCUUGCCCUACAUAUUCAUGACGUUGUAGAAUGAGCCUUACUUAUUAAAUUUAAUGUCUAAAACUAAUAUUUACAAUUUAGAAAAUUAUAUUUGUUUUGAACCUAUAUUAUACUGAUUUACUUUUUAUCGCCAAUCAGAUGGUAUAAUUUGCUAAAGCCAAUGCUUUUUAUAAAACAUAUCGGUGCGAACGAUUCAAAUGUAAAUCAUACUUAGUUUAAUUUUGUUCUCAAGUAAGUGACAAUUAUGUUUUUAUUGAGAAAUAAAGAAUCUUUAAACCUUA